GCCCAACGAACGAACGAACGAAGUAAAACACAUAAAACGACACGGAAAAGUAAAAAAGAAAGAAAGAAUAAAAAAGAAGGAAAAAAAAAAAAAUAGAGAAUAAACGCCAAAUUCGCAUCUUCCGUUCCUUGCAGAUCUGCUAACUCUUCGGUUUCUCUCAAUUGAAAUCAUCUUCGUUCCCACCGAAGCCUCCCAAAACCCUCGUCCUCUAAGGUUUGUGAAUUGGAUGGAAGGAACUGUAGGCAGCAGUGCCUCUGCUGCUGCUGCACCCGUGAACCAAUGGUGGCAGGAAUUCUCAAAGAUGUUCCAGUAUUACCUGGAUAAAUCUACGCCUCACGCCACCUAUAGGUGGAUUGGGACUUUGGCAAUCGUGUCGAUUUAUGUCUUGAGGGUUUUUUAUAUCCAGGGAUUUUACAUUGUGUCUUAUGGGCUUGGAAUUUACUUGCUGAACCUCUUGAUUGGGUUCUUGUCCCCUUUGGUUGAUCCUGAGCUGGAGCCUAAUGCUGAUGGACCUUUGCUUCCCACUAAGGGUUCCGACGAGUUCAAACCGUUCAUUCGACGGCUUCCCGAGUUUAAGUUUUGGUAUUCUUUCACUAAGGCUUUUUGCAUAGCAUUUGUGAUGACUUUCUUUUCCGUAUUUGAUGUUCCUGUCUUCUGGCCUAUAUUGCUCUGUUACUGGAUUGUUCUCUUUGUCCUUACAAUGAGGCGUCAAAUUGCGCACAUGAUAAAGUACAAAUAUAUUCCAUUUAACAUUGGAAAACAGAAGUACACUGGGAAGAGAUCUUCUGCCAGUAGCAGUGGCAGUCGUGCAGACUAAAAGCUUUGUCAUGUCACGAUUUGAAGAAUACAGAUCUCAAAGUUAGGUUUUGUGAACAUUCAGGAUAGUUAUUUUUUCUCCUUUAUCUUGCGGAAUUUGUAGUCAGUAUUAUGGAUGCCAAUAUGCAGUUACAGAAAUAUUAUUUGUGUCCAACCCGCUUUAUGAAAAACAGAAGACAUGCUAAUGCUGGCAGUGAACAACAUUGUUGAUAUGCAUCAAUAUUUGGUUCAGUUUUAGAUUUUGUUGCAAAAUCUAGUAUUGUAUUGUGAUGCUGUAUUCUUUCCCCACGUGUUAUCUUUUAUUAUAAUUUCAUUCAUUUGAAGGGA